AUGAUUCUACAAAUAAUUUCUCUCUUUUGCCUAUUUUGCGCCACAGCCUUGGCUUGGCCCGAUCCGAAAUUGAGAACGAAAGGACAAAUCUGGCCUCAACCACAGAAUAUUCAAUAUUUACAUGCUGUUCGUCAAGCAGCAAAAAAAGUCGUUGUCACAAAGAAUAUCGACUGUGAUAUACUUGACAAAGCACUGAAAAGAUAUGAGAAAAUGCUGGGAUUGACUUUUGAAAUGGCUUCCUCUCGUUCACUCUUGUAUGGAUUUGCAAACGAGGAUCCCCUCACCUCGCUUCAUGUCGACGUGGCAGAGACAGAUUGUCCCGGUUAUCCAAGUCUUGGUGUUGAUGAAUCGUACACUCUUGAUGCUAAUACAACAAAUGUUUACAUAAAAGCUAAUCAGGUUUGGGGCGCAUUGAGAGGACUCGAAUCGUUCUCUCAACUCUUCUUCUAUAAGGGAAAUGAUCAAUUCUUCCAAACAGCCAUUAUUUCUAAUGAUUAUCCAAGAUUUCCUCAUCGUGGUCUUUUGCUGGACACAUCUCGGCAUUUCUACUCGAUGAAAGUGAUCAAGGCUAUCAUCGAGUUGAUGGCAAUGAACAAACUGAAUGUCUUUCAUUGGCAUCUUGUUGAUAUGGAAGCUUUUCCAUAUGUUUCAAAAGUUUACCCAGAGUUUGGUCAAGGAGCCUAUGGCAGCAAUCACACUUACACAAGCGCACAAGUCAAGGAGAUCAUCGAUUUUGCGAGACUUCAUGGAAUCCGAGUGUUACCCGAAUUGGAUACACCUGGUCAUGUAGCUUCUUGGGGAAGAGCUUUACCAUUUAUGACUUCGAGAUGUUUUGAUAAGACGGGCAAGGAAAUGAGCGAUUUGGAUAGAGGAAUGUUGGAUGUGUCGAAUAAAAAAAUGUGGAGUGCUCUUGUGGCUUUGUUCAAGGAAUUGAUGAGCCUGUUUCCGGAUAAAUACUUUCAUUUGGGCGGUGAUGAGACGGAUUUCUGGAUGGAGAAUUGUUGGAUGAACAAUGCGAAUAUCACGACUUUCAUGAAGGUUGGUGAAUUGAAAACUGCGGGACUU